AUGGACAAGGCGACCGAGUUCUACCGCUCGCAGAUUGGCGGCACGGCCGUCAUCAACUACUGCUACACCGACAUGCCAUGGCGGCUCUUCGUCAAGGACGUCUACUUCUUCUUCGUCUACAUCUGGGCGCUGCCGUGGGUGCUGCUGCCGGUCCGCCCGUGCGGCUCGGGCGAGCUCGACGAGCUAUACCCCAACCUGCCGAACCUGUUUUGCAUCUCGGUGCACUUUGUGCUCGUCGUGCUGCAGCUCGCCUUCAUACUGGUGCUGCCGAUUGGCAUCUUCUUUCCGAUUUGGACGGUGGCCGGGGCCGUGGCGGCGUUCAUGACGGUCAACUGGGCGCUGUGCAAGCUGCUCAACGGGUCGGAGACGACGUACCGCUCCGACGAAAAGUACGCCGAGGAGCGGCCAGAGCACGCGCACGAGCAGUGGGUGUUCUUGAACGGCGUGGCGGUUGGAGAGCAUUGGAUGAAGAACAACCUGAACCGGCUGGCGCUCACGUUUGGACGCCCCGUGCUGGGCAUCCACAACCGCACAUCCGGCAUCGUCUUUGACGUCAUCGAGUGCCUCAUCCAGCGCAACUUUACCUACGCGACGGGCGACGUGCGCCGUGCCUACCGCACGAUGCGCGACGUCCUGUACGACCCGAGCAAGUCCAAGGUCGUCUUCGUGCUGCACUCGCAAGGGGGCAUCGAGGGCGGCCUUGUGCUGGACUGGCUGCUGCAGGAGACGCCGCAGGACCUGCUGGCCAAGCUCGAGGUGUACACGUUUGGCAACGCGGCCAACCACUUCAACAACCCGCACCGCCACGUCAUCUCGCAGAGCCUGUCGCAGUCGAACCCGAGCGCGGCCAUGACGACCGUCAUGCGGGAGACGAGCUUCAACAGCGCGACGAGCAGCCCCGUGGAGCGGCGCAAAAAGGGCAACGGAAAGGCACCGCCGCCGCCGCUAUCUACCGAGUCGUCGCUCACGUCGUCGCGCACGUUUUCGGCGGCCAAGGACCGCGCCAUCGGGCACGUCGAGCACUACGCGCACAGCACCGACUUUGUGGCCAUCUGGGGCGUGCUGCACUUUGCGACGAACCGCGUCGGGUCGCCGCAGCUGCCGCGCUUCCUGGGGCGGCUGUUCAGCCGCGCCAACAGCCGCGGCGGGCACCAGCUCAACCAGCACUACCUGGACGGCAUGUUUCCGCUGAAGCGCGACGCGGAGACGGGCCGGUUCGUGGGCGCCGACGAGGACAACGCGUUCAUGGAGGAGGUGAUUGAGAUUGGCAAGGAGGGCGCGGCCAUGGACAACGCGCGCGAGGCGUUUGACAUUUCGUACGCGGGCACGCAGGGGUUCGGGUCGGGCGACAUCAGCACGCCCGUCGAGGUGCACGGCGUGGGCGACAAGGGCAAGCGGCGCGAGGUCAGGGUCAAGGAGCUGAGUCGGCUGUGGCGGUACAGAAACGGGCAGAGCCCGCCCGAGAUUCCGCCCCUGCUGGCGAUGGAGGGCGGCGUGGUGCGCACGGGGACCAUGUAG